CGCAACUGUGUAACUUUAGAACUGCGUAUGACACAAACGGAAUUACCCAAGAUUGGCAUAAUAGGCGCCGGAUGGGGAGUUCGAGUUCAAAUUCCGGCCUUUAGGGCUUCUGGAUUUGUUAUUACUGCGUUAUGGAGUCGUGACAAAACAAAAGCUUUAAACAUCGCUAAAGAAUUGGAUAUCCCGUUUUCUACUAACAAAGUAGAAGAAAUUUUAUUAAGCCGAGAGGUAGAUCUAGUUUGUAUUUCUACACCUCCUCACCUUCACUGUGGAAUUGUGGCUAAAGCUAUCACUGCCGGAAAACAUGUGAUCUGCGAAAAGCCGGCAGCUUUAAAUUUAUCGCAAGCUCGGAAAAUGUUAAAUUCUUCAAAGUAUUACCCCCAGCUUCUUUCAAUAAUAGACCAUGAACUUCGAUUUUUACCGGCCAUGGCCAAGAUGAAGGAGCUCGUGACUGCUGGCUACUGUGGAAAUCUGCUCGUUCUUAAAGCAGACGUGAGCAUGAGUUCCCUUAUCAAAGGAAAAUAUAACUGGUGGUGUGACGAAUCGCUGGGCGGAGGAGUGCUUGGUGCUGUGGGUUCUCAUAUAAUUGAUGCUUUUUAUUUUUUAACAGGCUUGCAGGCUAUAGAGGUGUUGGGAGUGCUAAGAACAUACAAAAAAACAACCAAGAAGAUUAAAGACUUUAGACAUAUUACUAGCGAUGACUAUUGUGCUUGUCAAUUAACGUAUGAAAAUGAAGUCCACGCGACUAUUACUCUGAACACUUUGUCUUACGGAAGUUACUAUCACGUGGUCUCCGUCUACGGCGAUCGCGGGGGUCUCGUGUUAAGAAACGGAGACUUGUACGCAUGCUCGGCUGAUUCUCCAUUAGAAGAGCUAAUCGUAGGCAGCUCGAAUACCUCGCAAAGUUCUCCUUUUGCUAAAGGGACGGAAGUUAUGAUCAGUUGCCUCAAAGAAGCUUUCUUAAAAAAGGACUUUUCUAUCCUGCAAAAUGCUGCCAACUUUGAAGCUGGAUUGCACACCCAAGCAAUUAUUGAUGGCAUUAAGAAGAGCAGUUUUUCUGGUGAGUGGAUCAACGUGCAGCAUUUACUGGAGGACAAGCGCUCUCCCGAAACAGUUUUUUUCCACCAAUAA